AAUAUUUCAGCCAUCUAAACAAAAUAUUUAAAUUAAAAUAUUAUCCCGUUAUUUCUUAAAUCUCAUUUCUUUAUUAAUUUUAUUCUAUAUUUUUAGUUAUUGUUAUUUGAAGUUUACUAGUAGUUCAUGGUCGCGUAUUGUUUUGUAACACUUGCAAGUGAGAAGAAAAAGGAGGUCUAGGCCUGGGCGAAGAAUUCCGUUCUAUUGUACACGUGAUGUCAUGACUACCGGGUAUUUUCAUUCAAUCCACUGCAAUAAUAGAAGACUGAAUUAUCAAAGAAUGACAUAGUCAACAAUGUCGAAAGUGCUGAGCGCUCUCGACGGCGCCCUGCCGGACGAGCGGCCGCUGCUGUCGCUGCAGAUUGUGGAGAGUGUAGCCAAGUGUCCAGCCGGCUACUGGCCUGUCAGCCGCACCUACGACGAGGACGCCGACGCUGGACUGCUGCGCCAAAAUGGUCUCUUCACAAAGAAACCUAGUCAUUAUAUCUGCUUAUCAAAGACUGAAGGUGUGCCCGGGUACGUGAUGGACGGCGUGAUGGUGGUGGGGGAGCGCGAGGCAGCCCCGGCCGGGUUCAGCGUGGCGGGCCGCGCGGGCAAGCGGCGCGUGUGUACGCGCGUGUCGCGUCGUGUCGCGCCGCCCGCGUGCUCGCCCGCGCCGCCCGUCACUGACGUCAUCGUCUGCUCCAAGAUGAGGCAGGCGCCCCAGGGGUUUAUAUUAGCCGGUGAGGUAAACGGCAAGAUGGUAUGCUACAAAGUGAGCGGUGGCAGCGCGGACACGUCGCCCACUCACCGUGGCAACGAGUACGAGAACGUGGUCAGCAACGUCACGCCGGAAGCAGCCAGGAGACUGCGUCCAGUGCCCGAGCGACCGCCGAAACUGUCCCCCAUAGUGGCCGAGCUGAACAACCUCAACCUCAAGUCCCCAAAUGCGUACCCCCGGGUGGAGGAGUUCACGUCGGACCAUGACUACGAGGCGCUAAGCCUCUCGUACAACGUGAAGCCGGCCCGGCCCGCGCCGCGCCCUCCUCCGCCGCUGUCGCCCCCCGCGCCGCCCGGCGCCCCCUCGCCCGCCUCCUCCCCCGCCGCGGCCGCCUCGCCCCCCGCGCUCUCCCGCAAGAAGGGCCCCGCGCCGCUCCCUAAGACACCCAACUACCAGACGCUAGGGCUGUACAACGGAAUGGAUGGCGUUCCGUUCGUGCUCAACCCCAAGUUGAGAGGACUUCCGAAUGAUGCACUGACACAGUUGCCAGUGAUAAAGCGGCGCACGCGCUUUGAACUCGACCGAGAUUAUUCUUACAACUUCGCAGUAGAACGACAGACGUGAGAUCUAUAUACGACUUAAUUUUAACAGACUUAAGGUACACAAUCCCAAAUUUGCUAUUAUUGUAAUAGAAUGGUUUUGGUAUGUAUCAGUGGUUCCCAACCGGAGUUUCGCCAGAACUGAAAAUGAUCCGCGACUAAUUUUAAAUAUAUUAUUUGUUUUAAAUUCGGAUCAACGUUGUUGUAGUAUCGAAGGUGGGUGGGACAAUGGAAGGAGAAA